GCGGAGUUUGGUUGAGUCAGGCGAUGCUUCGGUGCCUUUAACGAUGCAACGCGGAGCUUCCUCCGGGCCGGGUGGACCUGUAUUGUGACGCGGGUUGAGUGUUGCAACGUUCUAGAUUCUAGAAAUUGGCCCUUAACGAGCAAGGAAGGAGGAGUUUUCGGUUCGUGGUGGCGGCUACGCUGGGGUUCUGGGAGCCCCGUCUCCUGCUUCCACCGGCCCCUCUGCCAGCCCUACAAACUUUCAGCCAUGCUGACCAAAGGAUGAAUUUGGGGGAUCACGACCUGCUGUCUGCGCGGGAGCAGUUAUUCCACGAGAGGGUCCGCGAGUGUAUUAUCUGCACCCUUCUUUUUGGCAGCCUCUACAUCCUGUGCUACUUCAUCUUAACCUAUUUCAAAAGGCACACAGACUUCACUACAGUUGAUGAAGAUGCUGCGGUCAAUCGGAUUGCGCUGUGGCUGUGCACCUUCACUCUGGCUGUGUCCCUGGGGGCAGUACUUCUGCUGCCUUUCUCCAUCAUUGGCAAUGAAGUUCUGCUUUCCUUCCCUCAAAAUUACUACAUCCAGUGGUUGAACGGCUCCCUCAUCCAUGGACUCUGGAAUCUUGUCUUCCUCUUCUCCAACCUCUCCCUUGUCUUCCUCAUGCCCUUUGCCUACUUCUUCACGGAGUCAGAAGGCUUUGCCGGAUCAAAGAAGGGGAUCAUGGCUCGGGUGUAUGAGACCUUUGUAGUCCUGCUGUUGCUAACCCUGUUGGUGCUGGGAAUGGUCUGGGUCGCCUCUGCUAUUUUGGACCAGGAUGGGGCGAGCAGGGAAAGUCUCUAUGAUCUCUGGGAAUACUACCUUCCCUAUCUCUACUCCUGCAUUUCCUUGUUUGGUGUCCUUCUGCUCCUGUUGUGUACACCCUUUGGCCUGUCACGGAUGUUCACUGUCACAGGGACACUGUUGGUAAAGCCCAGGCUCCUGGAGGACUUAGAUGAGCAACUGAGCUGCACAGGAUUCGAGGAAGCUGCCAUUUCUCGCAAGAUCAACUCUGGGAAAACAUCCUGCUGGCUCAACUUUGAUGUGGAAAUGUUGAGACAACAAUACCUAGCCAUUCAUGCACACAGGAUAACACUGGAAACCCGCCGCAAAGCUUCCGCUUGGCAAAGGAACCUGGGCUAUCCAUUGGCUAUGGUGUCUCUGCUGUCAUUGACGGGUAUUUCUGUUCUGGUUGUCUGCUUCCAUGUUCUGGAGCUGCUGUUGGAUGAUGCUGCAAUGCCUCGAGGAAUCCAGGACGCACCACUUGGAAAAGUUUCUUUCUCUGUCUUUGGCUCUUUUGGGGCAGCCAUGCAGGUCAUUCUGAUAUUUUAUUUAAUGAUCUCCUCUGUUGUGGGAUUCUAUAGCUCCCCAUUUUUCAUCAAACUGCUGCCUGAGCAACACAACACAGCCAUGACUAAGAUCAUUGGGAACUGUGUCUCCCUCUUGGUGUUGAGUUCUGCACUCCCUGUGUUGUCUCGCACGUUGGGGAUUACCAGAUUUGACUUGCUAGGAGACUUUGGGAGGUUUAACUGGCUGGGAAACUUCUACAUUGUUUUCCUCUAUAAUAUGCUCUUUGCCGGACUCACAACUCUUUGCUUGGUGAAGAAGUUCACCUGGACUGUGCAGGCAGAACUCAUCAGGGCAGUUGGCCUCCACAAGCUGCCUCUGCCUGUGACCCGGUCUUACCAACCGAGCAAGCUCAGCUAAAACAAGAGUUGUGCCUAGAUUGAGCUUGGCAUGGACUAUGGAUAAACCUUUCUGACUUUGUGCUCGUGUUCUGAGCCAAUCAGUGGAGGGGAAAGAGGUCAGGAACUUCCUUAUUCUGAUCCUUGUUUUAACUGACAUCCUGACAGGACUGCGAGAUGAAGAAGCCGCGUCCUUCAGUUGCGUGGCCUCUUCUUCCUGCCUUCCAGAAGCCUGAGGAACGACAGGCUUCAGCACAAGAAAGGCCUUUGGGAUUUCGAUUAAGGUGCUUUUCUGACAAGAGCAAGAGAAUGUGCAGUUUGUUUAAAAAAAAAAAGCAAAACAGCAGCAGAAAUAGGUUAUGAAGAGAACAAAGGACUGAGACCGAUAAAUAAAAUGAGCUGCUAGACCAAUUUUUAGGGGGCAAGAUGAAGGUUCAACCUGCUGGAGAUAGAGCUUGUGUCCCUCAUCACGUUAAGAGAUGCUGCCGUUCUCUAUUAUUGGGGGCUUUCCCCUUCCCUUUUGUUUACAUGUGUCUUAAAAUUCAUACCUACCCUGGCCUCCUUUCUCUCACAAAAUCCUGUGGUCCAAAGAGGCCAAGUUCUGAGUGGUUUUUUUUUUUAAACUCGGUUUUGUACCUCACUCAAGUGCAAUAUAAGUUGGCACUAUUGGGCCACAUAUUCCAUUCAGCAGCCAACUUUGUAUGUGUGUGAAGGGUGAUUGUUUUGAGUUUUGAGUGUGUGUGUGUCAUUCAGAAUGACUACUGUAGUGCAUUAUGCUUCACUCUUUCAUAGCAAUAGGAUUCCACAUAGGAUCCAAUCAGUUUUUUCCUUGAUGAAUUUUUACAGUUUAGCCCAGCCAGGAGGAAUCCACUGCCAUACCAUUAUGGGGCAGCCAAUCUUCUGAGUCUAAAGCUCAGACUUCAAGAAUAUUCAUGCAGCCUUUCUGUCUCCUUCUCAUUCGUGUCAGCUUUCGGGUAGUAAAUUCCUCACUGGGUAGACUUCAUAAUUACUUUGCCUAAUUUUCCCACUCAGAUUCUAGGAAGGGCACCCCAGAGGCAUUGUCCAGUUCUCGUAACAGGGCAAUUAGUUCCCAUUAUUGGUAAAUAUUGGAUGCUUUAGGCAUAUAUGGAUAUUUAUGCAAUAUGGUAGAGAAAAUUAUAUUUUUCCUCCCCCAACUAUUCAUAAUUGUUUGAGAUAUUUUUUUUAUUAAUGUCGUUGGGGCCAUGGAAUGCCACCCCUGCUCCAGAAGUUUUCAGCUUUCUUUUUUUUUUUUUUUGCUGUAACUGGCAUUCUAGCCUCAUGUCUGUAUCUACUGUGAAUGCUUCCACUGGAAGUCUCUCAGCACUUGAAUGUUUUUACCAGAUUUCAGCUUUCAUUGAAAUAACAUGAAGCUUAAUCCUUCAUUUUGUGGCGAAAAACAGUAAGCAGGUUGGCUACAAAUGGGAAGACGGCCACCAGAUGGGCCAGCAUUGAACAGGAGGGUCAUUUAUCCCCAUGUGGGCUUUUUGAAUCGCAAGCAUGGCUCUUUCCCAGCAUCAAAGCUUCUGUUGUAGAUAGGUAGGGUUAUCAAGCCCCGCAGCUGCCCUGUCUAUCGUUGCAGCAUAUCCCUUUGUGCAUAACUCAGAGGAUUGAAGAUUACAUGGUGAUGACAGUGAGCCAUUUGUCUCCAUAGAUGAUAAAGCUGGAGCUGAAAAAAACUCCCAAUGUUUCAGAGUCUGCAUUCUCCACAGAGCCACCUUUAACCAUGCUCAAAAAGAUACUUUCAGAUAUGAAUGUACUGCAUUUCCCAGAAUUUUCAAUCAACAUAUUCAAAAGCUCUGCAGGCCAUGAAUUCUAGGACUUGCAGUCCCAAUCAGCCAGAGGAUGCCCAGUUGAAUUAAAGGUGGCCUAAAUUUGGAUAGGAAAAAAAACUGUGUUAAACUAUCUGUUGCAGGAAAAUACUAUAAUGUUAAAGUUCAGCUCAGACAGGACCAACUGUCUUUGUUAUGUAGUGAAUGUCUGGUCUUAUUAUAUGGGACACCUAGCUGUGUAAGCAAUAAAUUGUGUUUUU